CAACUAUCCGACUUGUGACCUAUUUUUAAAUAUUGUGCAGUUUAUUUAUUAGAACUUUAACAUUAAAAUGGAAGAGACAGUAGGCACGAAACAGGUUAGAUUCAACUUAUUGAUGAUGUCUACAUCAAUUAACGUGUUUAGGGUUGUCAAGGUAAUUAAGGAACGAACGAAAGAACGAGAAUACUGUAAUAUCGUAGAGCAAAAUAAAAUGAAAUAUUUCUACGAUCCGUACCUAUAUGCAAAUUUUGUUAGAUAUACUACAGACAAUGAGGAGACAAGGGCCUGGUGGAACGAUAGAUACCACGCAGAAAAUAAUUGCUGGAACUGUUUACACAGAAUUGCGGAAGACAUGAGAGAUAUUUUUCUUAGAAUUAAAUAUAUAUUUAUGAGUGAAGGUCAUAAGAGAGCAUUUAUGGCAUUAUAUUACAAGGAACCAUUCUGGCAUUUGGUCAAAACAUUGAAAGAAAGUAUGGAAAUUGCGAACAACCAUAAGGAUACAUUGAAGAUGAACAUGACCCACUACGAGUUACUUCAGAAAAUGCGCGAGCAAGACUAUGUGAUUAAUGACUUCUAUGAUAAAAUACUGGAUGUACAGAAAUACUUCCAGAUUCUUUCUAAAUUGAUACGACCUAUUAUGGAAGAUUUCGAGCAGAAACGUGCUGAUCUCCAAACUCAUAUUGAUUUAACUUUGUAACAUUUCCUUUAAAACAUAUUAUUAACAGAAUAUUCCUAUUUUAGUAUAACUAUAUUGUAAGUUAUAAUGUUAAAAUAGAAAAUGACUAUGUCUUAUAUUGUAUUGUUCUUUCUAAUUAAUAUAUUAUAAAAGGCA